AUGACGUUGCUAUUUGCCCGCCUUCUUAACCACCGAAAUCAAGCAGAUAUUAUAAUGGAGUCAACUUAUUCAAUUACAAAAAUCCAUGGGAACAUCUAUCUAUCUAUCUAUCUAUCUAUCUAUCUAUCUAUCUAUCUAAUCCAUGACAAAACCCCAGCAGGCAAAAAACUAGCCUCUUAUCCCAAAAGUAAGCAAAAUCCCAAUCUCAUGUCUUUUCUCAGUCUAUUCUUUGUUUGCUCACAUCUAUCUAUCUAUCUAUCUAUCUAUCUAUCUAUUUAUCUAUCUAUCUAUCUAUCUAUCUAUCUAUCUAUCUAUUUUCUCAGUCUAUUCGUUGUUUGCUCAUAUCUAUCUAUCUAUCUAUCUAUCUAUCUAUCUAUCUAUCGAUCUAAGCCAUGCCAAAAAACUAGCCUCUUAUCCCAAAAAACAUCUAUCUAUCUAUCUAUCUAUCUAUCUAUCUAUCUAUCUAUCUAUCUAUCUAUCUAUGUCGUACUAUUCGUCUGUUCAUAUCUAAUCGCUUCCUAUCUAUCUAUCUAUCUAUCUAUCUAUCUAUCUAUCUAUCUAUCUAUCUAUCUAUGUAACACUCUUCACUCUUUUCUUCAUCAGUCCGUUCAUAUCUAUUUUAAGGAAUCUAUCUAUCUAUCUAUCUAUCUAUCUAUCUAUCUAUCUAUCUAUCUAUCUAAUACAUAG